CGUGACCAGAUCAUGUGAUUUAAAUGUAAACAAUUCAAAGUUUCUCCAAAAUUUUAAUGAACUUUAUAGUAAGUUCUCCACAAUGAAAAUACCUUGGUUUUUAUGUUUGGUUGUAUUCUUGUUUACUGAAACAUUAUUAGCUAUUUAUCCUUUCCAAAAUGUAAGCCUGUCAUUUGAGGAGAGGACUGAUGAUCUUGUACAAAGAUUAACAUUAGAUGAAAUAGUUGUUCUUAUGACCAAAGGAGGAGGGGGGAAGUAUGGUGGGCCUCAGCCAGCUAUCCCUAGACUAGGUAUUAAGAAAUUUCAAUGGGAUUCUGAGUGCUUGAGGGGUGAUGGCUAUGCUGGUAAUGCAACAUCUUUUCCUCAAGCAAUUGGUCUAGCAGCAUCAUUCAGUACAGGUAUAAUUCAGAGAGUUGCUGAUGCUACAUCAAUAGAAGUACGAGGUAAACAUAAUGAUUUUGUAAAACAUGGAAACUGGUCAGAUCAUACAGGAUUAGGAUGUUUUAGUCCUGUCAUUAAUAUCAUGAGACAUCCAUUAUGGGGCAGAAAUCAGGAGACAUAUGGUGAAGAUCCCUAUUUAAGUGGUAUAUUAGCUAGGAGUUUUAUUAAAGGUUUAACAGGAAACCACCCUAGAUAUAUACGUACUAGUUCUACAUGUAAACAUUUUGAUGCUUAUGGUGGACCAGAAAAUAAACCAGUAUCAAGACAGACUUUUGAUGCCAAGGUAUCUGAAAGAGAUUUACGUACAACAUUUUUACCUCAAUUUCAACAUUGUGUUGAUGGUGGAGCAUAUGGUUUAAUGUGUAGUUAUAACAGUGUAAAUGGGGUGCCUAAUUGUGCCAACUCACAUUUUAUGACUGAUAUACUAAGAAAGGAUUGGGGUUUUAAUGGUUAUAUUAUCAGUGAUGCAGGAGCUUUAGAAUUCAUGUUAUUUUUUCAUAAAGGAUAUUUUAAUACCACAUUACAAGCAGCAGUAGGCAGUGUCAAAGCUGGAUUGAAUUUAGAAUUAGGACCAGGCGGAUAUAAACAACAUGUAUUUGAUCAAAUUAGUGAAGGUUUGAAGAAAGGAUUGUUAAGUGAACAGUUAGUUCGAGAACGUGUCAGACCUUUAAUGUACACUAGAAUGAAACUAGGAGAUUUUGAUCCAAUUCAGAUGAAUCCAUAUAAUUAUCUUAAUACAAGUGUUAUACAAAGUCAAAAACAUCAAGAUAUCUCAAUUCUAGCUGCUGUUCAGUCCUUUGUUUUAUUGAAAAAUGAUGGGUUAUUGCCCUUGACAGAAAUGAUUGGAACUCUUGCUGUAGUAGGACCAAUGUCUAAUAACCCAACUCAACUUUUAGGAGAUUAUUCAGCUAAUGUUGAUGAGAGAUUUAUUUCCACACCAUUAAAGGGGUUAUCUACCCUUGGUAAAGAAGUAAAUCAUGCAGACGGAUGUAAUAUGACAUCAUGUUUACAAUAUGAUAAAACUGAAAUUAUAACAGCUGUGAAAUCAGCAGAUCUGACUAUUGUUUGUCUUGGUACAGGCCAAGCUUUAGAAACAGAGAAUGUUGAUCGAACUAAUCUGAGUUUACCAGGAAAACAACAAGAUUUAUUGAAGGAUGUUAUAAAACAUACCAAAGGUAGAAUAUUAGUAUUAAUAUUUAGUGGCGGACCAUUAGAUAUCAACCAAGCUGUAGAAUCAAACAAAGUUUCAGCAAUAUUCCAAUGUUUUUUCCCUGCCCAAUCAACCGGCAUAGCUCUAUAUAGGAGUAUUAAACUGGUGUCUCCUGUUGAUAACCCUGGAGCUAGAUUACCUUAUACAUGGUAUCAUGAUAUGUCUCAGGUACCUAAUAUGACAGACUAUACUAUGACAGAGAAAACAUACCGAUAUUUUACUGGUAAACCAUUGUUUCCAUUUGGUUAUGGUUUAUCUUACAGUAGUUUUAAAUACAGUAAUUUAGAAAUAGAUCCACCAAGUAUAACAAGUGGUAGUAAUGUUACAGUUAGUUUUAUAGUAGUUAAUACAGGACAAUAUGAUGGUGAUGAGGUUUGUCAGAUGUAUAUAUCCUGGUUAAAUUCUACAGUAAUAACACCUCACUAUCAGUUAGUAGGCUUUAAACGUGUACAUUUAACACACGAUCAACCUGUUAAAGUGGUGUUAUAUAUAUCAUCACAACAAAUGGCAGUAUGGAUUGAUAAUAAAGGUUUUAUUGUACAACCAGGAAUUAUAAAAGUUUAUGUUGGAGGUCAAUCACCUGGUCAUCAAACAAGUAUAACAUCAAAUGAAUUAGUCGGACAGUUCACUAUUACAUAAUACUACUUAUCUUUUAUGUCUUUUCAUGUAUAUAAAUAUUGUUUUCUAUAUAAACUUUAUUUCUUCU